GUCAAACCCGCAUUGGCCCGCGAAAAGUUUUCGGGUCGCGGUGCGACUAGUGCCGAAACCAUCCCUUUCAAAUCUAUCCUCCUUCAUUUUCUUCCCAUCCCAAUCUCUGCAUUGGAAAGCCUCAAUUGCUGCCAAUUUCAGCACAUCUCCCCACUCCUCUCCUCCUUUUUCUUUUUUGUGUUUAGAGCAGGAUACGAUCCUCAUAUAAUCUAAUAAUGGCCUCUAAGCCCGAAUCCGUCGCCCCCAGCGGCCUUCAGCUCUACUCCAAGUUCGCCUUCGCUGGUGCUGUCUGCUGCUCCGUCACCCACGGAGCUCUUACUCCUGUCGAUGUCGUCAAGACCAGAAUCCAGCUUGACCCCGUCACCUACAACCGUGGCAUGAUCGGUGGUUUCCGUCAAGUCAUUGCCAACGAGGGUGCUGGCGCUCUCCUUACUGGUUUCGGUCCUACCGCCGCCGGUUACUUCCUCCAGGGUGCUUUCAAGUUCGGUGGUUAUGAGUUCUUCAAGCAGCAGUGGAUCAACCAGCUCGGUCUCGAGACUGCCUCUAACAACCGUACCGCUGUCUACCUUGCCUCUUCCGCCGCCGCCGAGUUCUUCGCCGAUAUCGCCCUUUGCCCUCUUGAAGCCACCCGUAUCCGUCUCGUCUCUCAGCCCACUUUCGCUACUGGUCUCCUCAGCGGUUUCACUAAGAUCCUCAAGAACGAGGGUGUUGGCGCUUUCUACUCUGGAUUCGGACCCAUUCUCUUCAAGCAGGUUCCCUACACCAUGUCCAAGUUCGUCGUUUUCGAGAAGGUUUCUGAGGCUAUCUACCGCCAGUUCGACAAGGAGUCCCUCAGCGAUGGCUCUAAGACCGCUAUCAACCUUGGCUCUGGUCUCAUUGCUGGUUUCGCUGCCGCUCUCGUCUCUCAGCCCGCUGACACUAUGCUGAGCAAGAUCAACAAGACCCCUGGUGAGCCUGGUGAGGGUACCGUCUCUCGUCUCGUCAAGAUCGGCAAGGAGCUCGGAUUCCGUGGCAGCUAUGCUGGUAUCGGCGCGAGAUUGUUCAUGGUUGGAACCCUCACCGCUGGUCAGUUCGCCAUCUACGGUGACAUCAAGCGUAUCUUGGGUGCCACCGGUGGUGUUGAGAUCUCCAAAUAGAUUAUCACUGUAUGACUAGUUUGGUGUAUCAUAUGCUACUAGAUUUGCGUUAAGUAUUUGUUUUCAAUAGAAUUUUUUUAUUUUUUUUUUUUCUCUCUCUUGCUGCAAGACAGGUCAUGAUAGAUGUGUAUCGUAUUUGAGCCUUGCAGAAACAUCCAGUCUCCGGCUGUUAUGCUAUAGUUGCAAAGCGAAGCCUUUGCUGCAUUUCAUGUCUCGUUCUUCGCUAUCAGGUCGCGAAGAUAUUAAAGCUUCUCAUU